AUAUAUCUCCAUGACACCGACACGUUUGCGGAAUACUGCUUGUGAAAUGCAUUAAUCGUCGUAUGCGACAUUAAGUACAAGGAACAAAAUGUACUUUCUAAAGGUGUUUUUUCUUCUUGCCAUAUUACGACUUUCAGUGACGAGUGCAACAAACAGUACCGUCGUCAAUCCCACAACCACCAAAUUGGCCCCUGAUACAACAACCACCCAAUUGACCCCUGAUGCCACAACCACCAAAUUGGCCCCGGAUGCCACAACCACCCAAUUGACCCCUGAUGCCACAUUCUCCCAAUUGACCCCGGAAUAUUCGUCUCAGAUCCCCCAGGCAAAUCCCUCCAUAUCUCCAAAUGCUGCCAGUACCGCGUCGGUUCCAAGUUCCACCCCAGACGCGGGCGGAUCUUCGGUCAACACAACUAACGCACCGGGUGGUGGUGGUGGUCCCACGACUGGAAGCAAUAACCCGUUCGGGACCAUGUUCAAUAAGUUCACUUUUCCCCCAACUACGAAAACUCCCCCACCCACCACAGUUCCAACAACUCCACAUCCUUGCACGAUGGUCCAUCGACCCACCGAUAUGGAUACAUGUAGCAAUGAAUCUUGCGCACUGAAAAAGCUGACUCAAAUGGAGUCGUACAUAAAAUGCGGUAAAACAGGAAGCGAAGACUAUUCCAAACAUCCCACAACAUUGCCAGACAUGGGCGAAAUGUUGGCGCUGAAAAUUUCCGAGGACAUUAAAAAUAAACUGAAAACAAACACACCUGUUAACGACAGUGUUGUCAUAGUGACUGAUCAACUUGCGCUUGGUGCUUCUACAAUCGAUGCUUCCAUGUACACAAAUAUCUCCCGGGGAGUGUUUUCUUUUCCCAACAUGUCGCAGGAGGGGGUGAGAGGGAAGGUUGGGGCGAGGGCAUUGAACAGUAUUAUGUAUCCCAAGAAAGAUCUACCGUUACGAUCUGACCUUAUUCAAGUGGCGUGGAGCAUCUCCGAAACGUCUUUGACAAAAGUUCCCGAAGAAGAAAUUGAACCUUUCAGAGACAUUGUAUGGCGUUUGCCAGUCGCUGACAUGAAGAUACAGAAGAACAAAAUCUUUGUGGGCAAGGAAAAACCUCACCUCACAAUUAACAGUCCAGUUAUCACCUUUAGCAUGGUGCCAAAGCCUUCAAUGUCCCUUGAAAAUCCCCUGAAAAUCGCUUUCAGACUGUUGAAGAAUAAAGAUGUUAGGGACCACAGAUGCUACUUCUGGUCAGCAAAUUCACCUCCAUCCAGUGGAGGAUUUUGGUCCAGUAUUGGCAGCAGUGUCGUCCUUGUCAAUGAGACUCACAUUGUCUGUUCGUACACACACAUGUCGACCUACGUUGUGCUUUCAGAAAUACACCCUGAGGCUGACGAUACCGCAAGAAAGAUUGUUCGUAUUGUAGCGAUUGUGUUUUGCAUUCUUGCAAUGGCUGCUCUAAUUGCCACAAUUCGUCUGACAAGGAAACUCAAUUGUUUCGACAAUGAUCGAGUGAAUAUCCACGUCCAUCUUUGCGUUGUCUUAUUCAUUGGCUAUUUACUCUUUAUCAUUGGGGCCAUCAAGAGUGACAUUGCAGUAUUGAAUGAUAUCCUGGCGAUAGCUCUUCACUUCUGUCAGUUUUCGCCGUUUGUCUGGCUGUUCCUUGAGGCUGUUUAUUUCCUCAAUGUCGUAUUCCCGCUCUUCAACUACGAGAACACCAACACACAGAAAUUCUACGUAUCUCUCGGCUGGGCUCUAACGGCAGCAUUUGCGGGUGCAACCGCUGGAUUUGACAUGCCACACCACGGGAAACCACAUGCGAGCGAGAUUAUUUGGGUUUUCAUCAGCAAAUCGACAUUGGGAUAUUUCUUUGGACCGCUGCUUGCGCUAUUUUUGAUCAACCUUCUCAUACGUGUUGGUCUGGUCAUUCACGUCACCUUCCGUGCCCCAAAUUAUGACGGUGAUAAAGUUCCACUAAGAAUCAAGGUGAAUCUUUUGACAACUUUCGUGCUGUCUACUGUGGUAUUGCUUGCUUGGUGUAUGGGGAUCAGAGCCGUCAACAACACAGAAACCAAAGGAUAUCAUUACGGCUUUCUCCUGCUGUACUGUUUUCAGGCAUUUUUGGUUUUCGUUAUUUAUGGAUGGCAAAAUGAGGAGAUGUGGUCGUUGCAUAACAAGAGAAAAGAAGAAGAGAGAUUGGUUGAGGAAAGAAAAAUCACCUUCACAUACGUUCCAUGAACACCUAUCAUCCUAUGUCUUCGUAAAUUGUUUUAUUGUAUAGUAUAAUUAUCUAUUUAAUUAAUUUUAAGCUGGAACCCAGGUAGUCUGCACACCCCCUGACUCCGUUCAGGGAGAUUCGAACUUAUUCUCACACAACUUUUCCGAGCACACUACAUCUUGUCACUGAUCUCAAAGAAAAGAUGGAGCGUGCUAAUGAAUUAAGUCAUCCGAUUUGUAAUUUUAAAUUGUCUACACAGAUCUUGACUAUCUGUGGCAGCACUAGUCCUUAGCAUUUAUUUUUUCCAAUGUUUUGGAUCCGACUUGGUCAUAUUAAUCAGAUCUGUGUUACGUUUCAAAUUAGUCCUGUGUUUCAACGUCUUUAGUCGAUCAACAGAAAUCUUAAACAUAGAAUUGAUUGUAAGUUACGAUAUUGAGGUAUUGUUGAACCUGUCAACUGCCAAUGCAAGUUUUCAAACCUAUUGACCAAAAGUUAAAAAAGCACUUGCCAAGCUAGUUGCACUCCUCGCUACAACGCAAUCUUUAGGGCAAUGAAAAAAAUAAAAACCACAAAUCAGUUUGACACUGCCCUUUUGGGCAAUAUAAUCUUUUAUUAUCAAUAUUUAUAAAUAAAUUUUGUUGCAUUUCAU